CAUAGCCUACCCAAACACAUCAGGAGAGUUCCGCGACGUAUCAGCAUGAUGAUCAAGAUAACAAAUUGCAGUCGAGCCUGUGAAGAGAGUACACGCGCAACUGAGAGGCUCGCCCCUUAUUCCAAAUUAUAUGCCCACACGUACUGUGACCUAGCACCUUCAAUUUAGCGAAAUGUCGGGGAUCCGUUCAGUACGAAAGAACGGUGUUCAACGUACUGUACUGAACGGCAUGAUUAUGGGGACCCAGAGGGAGUUUGUAUGGUGCUACGAGUUUUGCGAUUUCAAAUGGUCACAUCCAGGCCACACCCACCAAACGAACAGAACUCAAGACGGCACUCGCUAUGGGAAAUCCCCAGCCUUGUAGUUUCACUUUCAUUUGACUUUAUAUAAACUGCCACUCUUCUGUUCUCGAUCAUCAUCUUCAUUGCUGUAGUUCUACAAAUAUGUUUUUUCAACUCGUCUGGAUUCUAGCUGCCUCCGUGCAAUGUGGGCUCACACAGAAUAUGCUUACCCAGGAAGUGAAGUCAGUUUGUGGAGAGGACUCAAUUCUGAAAUGUAAAGCAAUAUGUAAGCCUGGGGUCCAAUACCGGGCGGUGAGGUGGUAUAAGCUGGGUGAGGAGCCCUCUAAUAAGGAGUCUGGUCUAUUGAUGAAGAGGCUAUCACCUAACAGCACCACCCUAUGGUACGCAGGCCUGGAGCGUAAAGUGGAACUUUUGGCUGAUGAUUCUUUCGAUAUCUUGCUGCCCAAUGUAACGGCUGUUGAUAGCGGGAGGUACAAGUGUCUCCUGGCAGCACCUGUAGGAGAGCAGAACCAGGAGGGCCAGGUUCACCUCAGAGUGACAGGUUGCCUUGAGUCCACAGACCAAUCAGAAGAAAGGGAUACCAUUCUAGUUCUUUCCAUUGUGGGGCUUGUGGCGGCAUUGCUGAUAUUCACCAUCAGCUAUGUCAUCCUAAGGAAUAUGUUAUUGCAAAGGAGUAAGAAGUAUCCACAAGAACCACUUCUAGAUGCACCCCUUGAGAAGAAAGAUUUAAUGUUGAUCUACACUCUGGGGCCAAACUGGUCGAGACAGGGUUCCAUAAAACAUGUCUGUGUGUGAGAGCCUGUUCUGCUAGUUUGGGCUCAUUGUAUACUUGAAUGUGAAGAGGAAAUGCAGAGAAAGACUAGGGCACGUUUGAAGCUGUGCAAGGAGCCUAAGAGUUAUGUCUACUUUCCAGGAGAAGAAUUCAUUUUUAGAGCAGAUGGAGGCAGACAACCCUCUGGCCAGUCCUGUAGAACUAAGAUGAUUAGGCUUUUCAAAGAAAUGAAACAGAAACAGUAACCUACACCCUUUCACUCAGGCAGCAAAAAACAGCAGUACAGCCAGGCUAGGGCAGCAGUUCUCCAGCAACGAGUACGAGUGGCUGUCUGCAGCAUCCACGUGCCUGUGAUGCGCAAGGAGCAGGGCCUGGUGAAGGGACGCCACAAUCUAAGCACCAAGAUCUAACCCCAACAAGGAACUUCAGGAAAGGGAGAAGGAAUUAAUUCAUGAUAAGGGGUCAUUCUGCAGGGUCUCUCCAUGGCAAUGUUGGGGUUAAUACCAUUUGCAUUUCAGUCAACCCAGUCAAUAGCCAGCAGCAUACCACCCUGCAUACCACUGCUGGCUUGCUUCUGAAGCUAAGCAGGGUUGGUCCUGGUCAGUCCCUGGAUGGGAGACCAGAUGCUGCUGGAAGUGGUAUUGGAGGGCCAGUAGGAGGCACUCUUUCCUCUGGUCUAAUAAAAUAUCCCAAUGCCCCAGGGCAGGGAUUGGGGACACUGCCCUGUGUGUAGGGUGCCGUCUUUCGGAUGGGACGUUAAACGGGUGUCCUGACUCUGAGGUCAUUAAAGAUCCCAUGGCACUUAUCGUAAGAGUAGGGGUGUUAACACCGGUGUCCUGGUUAAAUUCCCAAUCUGGCCCUCAAACCAUCAUGGUCACCUAAUAAUCCCCAGUUUACAAUUGGCUCAAUCAUCCCCCUCUCCCCUGUAACUAUUCCCCAGGUCGUUGCUGCAAAUGAGAACGUGUUCUCAGUCAACUUACCUGGUAAAAUAAAUAAAUUGAAGUUGAUGUUGAACUGGAAAAUGAUCGAUGUGUACUGCAUUAAAUGUCAUGCCUAAUUAAAUUCCUGUAUUGACUGGUAUUAAAAUGGAAUUGAUCUGAGCACUGUUUCAUGGGGCUCACCCGUGUUGGAAGGGUUUGGUGGGACACGCUGGACUCUGCACAGAGGGAUGAAACCAACCAAGACUGCAUUCCAUCUGAGCCAAGCAAAGCUCACAAUUAACUCUAAAGUUCAGGCAUUACCGAUAACUUUUAAGUUAGUUUGUGAGGCCAAAACAGUAUAUCAUUUUUUUAAUGCAGAACGAAAAAAUAUAAUUUUCAUCCAAGCAAUACAAAAGUGGGCUUUGGUGAAUAGACAAAAAGUAAUUGACAGAAAAUAAAAUUUAUAAAACAUUAUCCAGUUUUUGAAUAUGAUCAGCAAUUCUGUGUAUACGUUGAAAAUAAAGAUGACAAUAAUUUUGUAAUGUA